CGUUCCUGUUUCUCUAAUUUGGGGGUAAGAAGGAACGAUGCCCACCAUAGGACACCAGAGCCAGGCGAGUUUUCUGGACCCGGCAUCCCCACCCUGCAUCCACCCUCGGAGCCCCUGACCAUCAUCGGGUUCGAAGGUGCUCAGUUGCAUGCACUUUAGAACUGUCGUCACUCUGCAGAAACCAAGUCCGGCCAUGACAGGCUCGGACACAUGGCCAUGAACAAAACACAUAUUUGUGCUUUACUGCGUUUGCAUGGUGUUUCUGUGAGAACUGCAGGACGCAGCCAGGCCCCGCCUCCUGCGGGCUUUGAGCGCGUGGACCAGACUUCGCCGGAUGUUGAUGGCGUCGCUUAGCAACGAGAGAUGGCGGAGCCGGAGGACCAGGCUGACGGGACACACCUAGAGGGCGAACAAGCUUCUGAAGAGGAGAAGGAACAGCAGCAUGCCGAAGGCCGUGAGGCGUCGCCAACAAUGGAAAACGAUGGCCAAGAAACUGAUGAGGGUGCAGAUGCCACCAAGGGUCCUGAAGAGGACGAUAGAGCAGAGAGCGAAGGCAGAGUUGAAGGGAAAAUGGAAUCCACUGGAGAGGCUCCCCAAGAAACGGAAGUGGAAUCCAUUGGAGAGGCUGCUCCAGAAAUGGAAGAGAAAUCCUCUGGAGAGACCACACCAGAAUUAGACAUCGAACACACUGGAGAGACCAUAUCGGAAGUGGACGUGGACGCCGUUGGAGAAGACAGCCUAGACAUGAAUUCCAUUGGAGAGGCUGCUCCAGAAACGGAAGAGAAAUCCUCUGGAGAGGCCACACCAGAAUUAGAAAUCGAACACAUUGGAGAGACCAUAGCGGAAGUGGAUGUGGACGCCAUUGGAGAGGCCAUCCUAGAAAUGCGCUUGGAAUCCAUUGGAGAUGCCGGACCAGAGAUAGGAGUGGAGCCCACCGUAAAGGCCAGCUCUCCAGAGGAGGAUGUCCCAGAUGGGGGACUUGACAUUUCCGAAAGAGAAAUGUCUGAGACCUACACCUUCUCAGAGAUGGAUGACUUCUCAGAAAGGAUCAGCUCCCCAGAGUUCACCUGCUCAGACGUCAGCCCCUGGGAAAUGCCUGCAGAGGAAGCCAAUGCUGCCUAUCUGUAUGAAAGAACCAGACAGGACUCUGCUGACCCAUCCCAGCAAGCCUUGGGCAUAUAUGAGACGGUGGAAUCCAGCCAGGACAGCCAGCUGAGAUCCCCAGAGUGCUCUACUCAGAAAGUCUUUCCUAUGGGGACGAGACAUCGCUUCAGGAUGAGCAUCAUGGGAAGCCUGGCUUCCUCGGAGGCUGAUGAUUUCCACCCAGAGGCAGAGCAACCAUCAGCCUGAGAACCCGCCACUAGACCGCCUGGGCCCCGGGAAGAAACCCGGAUACAGUUUCGAGACCAUGUCCAGCCCGCCAGCCCUGAGGAAGAGACCGCGGAAGAGACCGCGGUCGAAAGAGUAGUGUCUGAAGGAAGUGACGAGGCAGACGACGAAAGUACCCAACUGGUGGUGCUGGACCCAGACCACCCCCUGAUGGUCAGAUUCCAGGAGGCCCUGAAGAGCUACCUCAACCGGCAGAUGGACAAACUGAGGCUGGACAUCCAAGAGUUGGAUGUGGCCACCAAGCAAAGCCGAGUCCAGAGGCAGGAGCUGGGCGUGAACCUGUAUGGGGUCCAGCAGCACCUGGCCCGCCUGCAGAUGCAGCUGGAGAAGAGUCAUGACCGGCACUCUCUGGCUGCCUGCGAGAGGAGGCGGCGGGAGGAGGAGCUGCAGACCACCCGGGCCCUCUACAACAAGACCUGCACAACUGUCAACGAGGAACGAAGGAAGUUGGCGGCCCUGCAGAUCGAGAUGGAGAACCUGGCUCUGCACGUCUUCUACAUGCAGAACAUAGACCAGGAUGUGCGUGAUGACAUCCGCGUGAUGAAGCAGGUGGUGAACAAGACCGAGACAGAGAAGAUGCGUGCUGAGAUAGAGAAGAAAAAGCAGGAUCUCUUCGUGGACCAGCUCACCGAAAGGGCCCACCAGCUGGAAGAAACCAUCUCCCUGUUUGAGGCUCAGUACGUGUCCCAGGCUGAGGACACUCGGAUUCUACGGAAAGCAGUGAGCGAGGCCACCACAGAGAUUGACAUCAUUGCGUUGGAGAAGAAACGCAUCCUACAGCAGUGGACCACCAGCCUAGUGGGCAUGAAGCACCGUAACGAGGCGUACAGGACCGUGCUGGAUGCGCUCAGGGAGUGUGAGCAUCAGGUCAAGUCCAUAGACGGUGAGAUCGAGGCCUACAAGAGGUCCAUCAUGAAGGAGGAAGAGAAGAAUGAGAAGCUGGCCCGCCUCCUGAACCGCUCAGAGACUGAAGCCAUGUUAAUACAGAAAAUGACCACCCAGUGCUUAAACAAGCAAGAGGUUCUGCAGAGCGAGUUCAACACCUACCAGCUCGCCCUGCAGGACACGGAGGAAAUGCUCAACAAAAGCUACCUGGAACAGUCAGGGGUCAUGAACGAACUCCAGGUUGCCCGCCAGGCUGUCCAUCAAGAGCAGGAGCUACGGCACAAGAUGGACGCCUCCAUCCUGGACAAGCUGCAGGAACACGGGACCUCCAGCAAGAUGACCAUGUACUUUCAACAGCUCCUUCGGAAGCUGCAGAAGGAAAAUACCAACCUGGUGACACAUCUUUCAAAAAUUGACGGCGACAUCGCUCAGGCUACCCUGGACAUCACCAACACCAGCUGCAAGGUAGACAUGCAUAAGAAGACGCUGGUGGAGCUGGACAAGGACGUGAAGCGGCUCAAUGACCUCAUCACCAACAGCGAGAGCGAGAUCGUCCGCCGAACCAUCCUCAUCGAGAGGAAGCAGAGCCUCAUCAACUUCUUCAACAAGCAGCUGGAGCAGAUGGUGUCCGUGCUGGGGGGGGAGGAAGUUGGACCCCUGGAACUGGAGAUCAAAAGGCUGUCGAAGCUGUCUGAAGAGCAGAACUCGGGAGUGGCUGAGGCACAGAUGACCUGGCUGCGUCUGCAGCAGGAACUGGUCCAGGUCACACAUGAGCGCGAAGAGCAGCUGGUCUCCCUGGACCAACUCAAGAAGGAGAUGCACAUCAUGGAGCAAAAGAAAAUUCGCAUAGAGAACAAGAUUGAGCAAGAGAAGAAAGACCAGAAGGAGAUUCGCCGCCACAUGAAGGACCUGGGCAAUGACCUGACCAAGCUCAACAUGCUGCUGGGCAAGAACCGGACCGAGUCGGAGCAGCUGCAGCAGAGCAGCCUGCUGGCUGAGACAGAGUUCGUGCGCACCCUGAAGGAUGCAGAGCGAGAGACCAUCCAGAUGCAGGAAAAGCUGGUGCAGCUCCAAGAGGAAAAGGCCACCCUCCUCAACAGCCUAGUGGAGGCCGAACAUCAGAUCAUGCUGUGGGAGAAAAAAAUCCAACUGGCAAAGGAGAUGCGCACGUCAGUGGAUUCUGAGACCGGGCAGACAGAGAUCCGUGCCAUGAAGGCCGAGAUCCACAGGAUGAAGGUCAAGCAUGGACAGCUACUGAAGCAACAGGAGAAGAUGAUCCAUGACAUGGAGCUGGCCGUGGCCCGCAGGGAGACCAUCAUAACCAAGGCUGAAGGGCAGAGCAAGGCAGACAAGAAGAUCAUUACCAGGACAGACUUCCACUUCCAGCAGAAUGAGCUGCGGAGGAAGAUCAGGGACACACACAAGGCCACAGAGGACUGCAGCAAGACUAUCUCGGGACUGGAAGAAACUCAAAAGCUCCUGAGCAGCAACCUUCAGGAGAAGCAGCAACACCUGUCAAAUAUGCAGGGUGACAUUGACGUCCUGGAAGGAGAGGUCAACCAGCUCACUACUCUCAAACGGCAGAACCUUUUGGAUAUCGUGGCCCUGCAGACACGUGCCAAGUACCUGCAGGCUGCAAUCGAUGGGAAGUAUGUGUUCCUGCACCGCAACAGCAAGGCCCAGCUGUUGGAACGCAAGAAGCUGGACAUCCGGCUGACCCAGCUCAGCGCCGUCCUCUCCCAAGUACAGGAAGACUACCCCCAUUUCCAGGAGGAGCUACAAAAGAUUCAGCAGAGGAUCGCCAGCAAACUGAAAUCCCCAGAGGCCUCCUAGACAGCACUUGGCCCACACCUGCCAAGGCUGCCCAGAAGGAGAGCCAGGGAACCCCCCCCCCGUGUCCCAAAAAGCCAUGUGUCCCUAGAAUGACACCUGUGUGAUUCACAGCCACUCUGCUGUUCACAGCGGCUGUGAUGCAGCGUUCCCGAUCCACUGAGGUGGACAUGCCAGCCUGCAGGGGCAUUACUGGGGACUGCUAGCCUCUCUCCCCUCGGGCUUACCCAUCCAGGUAAAGACCAUUCUACCGCAGUUCCACAGGGCAGCCCACACCCGUCACGCUGACCUGGGACGGGCCCCCUCGGCUCUGUGGAACAAGAAAGGGAGUGAAGGCCCUCGGGAACAAGGUAGAGUGCUUGCCCACCCGAUACCCAGAAGCCACCUUCUCUCUGGCUCCUCACCUCCACCAGAAAGAAAGCUUAGCCUUCUCCGGGCCCCCACCUCAGACCAAAACCCAAAGAUCAAAGCCAAGGACCCCAGGAUCCCGAGCGCGGCAAAUGUCUGCGGAGGGGGCAGCUAUGUCAGUGAAGGGGCACCCACCCGUCUGCCGGCCGUCCACCGACCUCUGACCCCUCUCUUCACCCCGGCCUCCCCCACCCUGGGUUUCUGAGUUACCCUUUCACUUAUGCAGGUGUGAAACAGAAAAAUGUCCUGUGGAAUAAUCUCAGCUUUAAACUUUACAGCAGAUAAAU